AUGGAACAGCACGAGAUGAAGACAGUUGCGGGAACAAAUAUCGAUACACCGACAGACAAAUGUAUAAGCUCGGCAGUUUCACAUGACAAUCAACAACAUCAUGAGGAUACGUCGGGUCAGACGCAAAUAAAGCGCCUCUUUAACUUCACGCAAAUGUUCUUCUUCUCACUCACCUUUAUGUCGAGCUGGGAGACUCAAGCUUUGAAUUUGAAUGCGGUAUUAACAAACGGGGGACCCGAAGCUCUAGCUUGGGGAAUUGUGAUUGUCAUAUUUGGUGCUUUGGCGCAAUGUGCUUCAUUAGCUGAGAUGGCAUCAAUGCAGCCCAUCGCCGGGGCACAGUAUCAUUGGACACAUUACUUGGCGCCUGCUAGUCAGAAGAGGUUUAUCACUUGGAUGCAGGGGUGGAUUACUUGGUUCGGCUGGGUCUCGCUGCUUGCAGGUGUAGCGAAUACCACGGCGACUACCAUCCAGGGCUUAGCGAUCACAAACUAUCCGGAUUACGUACCGGAACGGUGGCAUUUGACUCUGAUAAUCUUUGCUGUACUCAUUAUCGAGGCGCUCAUGAAUAUGUAUACCUUCCAGCUGAUCCCUUGGAUUGAGCUCAUGGCUGGGAUUCUACAUGUUGUUCUCUUCAUCAUUUUCCUGGUCGUCUUUGUUGCGUUGGCUCCACGUCAUACUCCAGACUAUGUGUUUUUAACAACCCAAUCCCAAUCAGGCUGGAACAAUACAUUCGUUUCAUGGAACAUAGGGCUUUUAACACCAUCAUGGGGGUUUGUCGGCUUCGAUGGGGCAGUUCAUAUGAGUGAAGAGGUCCGUCGUGCGCGAGAGGCAGUCCCCCGAUCGAUGGUCUGGUCCGUCGCCACUAAUGCCGUCCUUGCGUAUGGCAUUGUUAUAUGCAUGCUGUUCACUAUGGGUUCGGUUGAGGACGCCCUGAACGCUAGUUUUCCCAUCAUUGAAAUCUGCCAACAUGCCACGGGAUCCACGCGAGCAGCGACUGCCAUGGUCUGCGGACUUCUGGUCGUUGGACUGUCCGUAACCCUAGCCAGCGUAGCAUCCGCCUCCCGCCUCACAUGGGCCUGGGCCCGGGACGGCGCAUUACCCAAAUGGUUCUCCUAUAUUGACCGCAGACACAAUGUCCCCAUUCGCGCUGUAUGGCUCCCUGUAUUCAUUGUCAUGAUACUAGCCUGCCUCAACAUCGCAAGCACCGCCGCAUUCGGGGCCUUUAUAGCUCUCUCAUCUAUAGGUCUGUUUGUAUCUUACUUUAUCGCAAUCAGCUGCAUGGUGCACAAUCGCUUCCGGAAAGACCAAGUGCCCAUGGGGAACUGGAAUCUGGGCAGAUGGGGUCUGCCGGUCAAUAUCUUCGCCUUGGUUUACACAGCCUAUGUCACUGUCUGGUUGACAUUCCCUUCUUACCGGCCUGUGACUGGCGCGAAUAUGAACUAUGCGUUGCCUAUUUUCGCUGCGUCGACUUUAUUCGCGUUUGUAUAUUGGUUCCUUCAUGGUAGGAAACGCUGGCCUGGGUUAAAUAAGGAGAUUCUGCGGCUUGUGGUUGAAAGGGGUGAAUUGCAGCUGAAGUGA